GACACACUGGUACACUGUGUUUACAGUCUAACGGUCUGCAAUGACAACUUAUGAAGUUAAGGUAAAGACUGGCGACAAGAAGGGGGCAGGCACAGACGCUAACGUUCACAUAAUUUUACUGGAUGGAUCUGGAAAGCAAACCAAACCUGCUGUUCUAAAUAAUAGGUUUAAAGAUGACUUUGAACGAGGGAAAAUAGACGUCUUCACAUUUCUAGAUCAAACAGAUAUUCCUGAAGUAACCGACAUCCAGUUGCGAAGAGACGAAGCAGGAUUGUUCAGUGAUUGGUUUGUUGAAAAAGUGGAGGUGACCAAUCAGAACAGUAGAAAGACCUCUGUCUUUCCGAUUCUUCGGUGGGUUCCCUCUGGAGUUGAUAUUUACUUCAGACAAUACGAUACAUUUUUACCCCAAUCUGAUCCACGGCCAGAUCAGCGAAAUCUUGAACUUGAGGAAAAAAGGAAAUUUUACGAAUAUGAAGAGAAAACACCUGGAUUACCUGUUCAGGUUAAGAAGGUCCCUAAGGAUGAAGUGUUUUCUGGUCAGAUAGAGUGGCAUUUGCUGAAAAGUAAAAUCACCAUGAAAUACAGUAAGACCAUAGAAGUUAUAUUUGGUGAUGGAUCGUGGGAAACUAUAAAGGACUUAAAGAGCGUCUACUCCACGCCAUUUGAAAAUCCAAAGGAAAUGGAGGACUGGGAAAGCGAUGUCAGCUUUGGAUGGCAACGACUAAACAGCGUUAAUCCCAAUCUCAUUCGGCUCUGCUCAGAGAUACCGGACAAAUUUGGUGUGACGGAAGAGAUGAUCAAGCCUUUUCUGGAAGGUCUGACGUUGUCUCAAGCCAUCAACGACAAACGUCUGUUUAUCAUUGACCUCAAUAUUCUGGAAGGAAUUUCAGUGGUCGACGGAUAUGUUUGCCCCGUCCCUAUUGCACUGUUCUUUGUGGAUGGUAAAGGACAGUUGAUGCCAGUGGCUAUACAACUCUUCCAGCAGAAGGGACCCGACAACCAGGUUUUUCUUCCCAGUGACCCUCCGUAUACUUGGCUGAUUGCAAAAAUGUGGUACAACGUGGGCGACUCAAAUUACCACCAGGCCAUAACCCAUUUAGAGUACUUGUGGGUGGCAUCAGAGUGGUGUAUAACAGAUUAAUUUUUGGAUGACUGUUCACUGGAUAUGAAUAUUUCCGCUUUCCAUUUUUGUUGGUGAAGCAACUGUCUAUGAUGUCAAAAGGCCUAGUGUUUAAUUUAUUGUGAGGACAGUUGGUGUAAAGUGUUGCAAAGGCAUAUGUUUUGAUGUUGAUUAGAGAAAGGCUUUGUGAUAUCAAGUUUACUAAAAGUUCUUUAGAAACUGUUUCGUAUUUCGUUUUCCAAUACAAUGGUGCCGCACGAGAAAAAUAAUCUAUAAGUGCUGACAAAUUCAAAAACUUCUAAAUUAUAAACACUGCCAUUUUACACGUGUAAAUGAUGAGAAACA